AUGGUUAUCUCCUCAUUGUUGGUGCUGGUAGCUACCCUAGGCUCGGUUCUAGCAGACACCCAGUACAGGUCACGGUCCGACCUGGCUCCUCCCAUACUUGACGUAACUAUUUUUGAUAAGGAAUACUUGAACGACUCGGAAUAUCUCUUUUUUGCACCUUAUGGACCGAAUGUGAAACAGGUUGGACCGUAUAUUUAUGACAUUGCUCACAACGAGCUGGUGUGGUCCGGAUUCUCGUACAUAGGCGGUCCCAGCUUCAACUUCCAAGCCCAUGGUGACCAAUUAUACUCUUUUGAAGGUCAUAUGAACACUGGUACAGGUCACGGCCAUGGCCAUGUCAAAUUCUGGAAUUCCCAGUAUCAGCCUGUUGGAGAGUUGCGUGCAGGCAAUCACCGCUUCGUUGACAUACACGAGUUCCAAUAUGCCGAGAGAAACGGCAGAACCACUGGAUUGAUCGAGAUUUACAACCCCACAAACACAUACGAUUUGUCCGGGUAUAGUCCUGACUCCACGUGGAUCAUUGAAGCGGUGAUUCAGGAGAUUGACGGAGUAACCGGCGAGCUACUGUUCGAGUGGAAGUCGCUUGACCAUGUCGCUCCGUCAGAGAGUGUAUUUGGAUUGAACUCCUCCGAAAAUUCCGCUGGUUCAGGUAUUUCAUCAGAUACUGCCUUUGACUACUUCCAUGCUAAUUCUGUGGACAAAAUUGGGAAGGAUUACAUCGUGAGCUCAAGACACACUUCUACCAUCUUCAAGAUAGAUGGUCAAACUGGCAAAAUUCUAUGGAGACUGUCAUCGUCUAACAAGAAGGCAGAUUUUGAUAUCGAUUUCACUUUCGCAUUCCAGCAUCAUGCCAGAUAUCUCUCGUCUUUUGCCGGAUACACAUCGGUUCCUGGAAAGACAGAAAUAAUUUCCUUCUUCGAUAACCAUGCCUACAGUCAUGGCCACACGGAUGCUUCUUCGAAUUCUACUCAGAAUUCGACUGGAAAAGUCGCCUUGUUAGAUCUUGAGAAUAAAACCGCCACUCUGUUGCACCAAUACGAACCUCCUCAGCCCAUUUCGGCCAAAUCGCAAGGUUCCUUACAGAUUCUCGAUACGGUCACAGGCGAAGCGGUGAUCAACUGGGGAUCGGCAGGUCAGGUCACGAAAUUCGCAGACUUCACCAAGGUUGUAUAUCACGCACGUCUGAAUUCUGGUGAUGACUCUGUGCAGAAUUACCGCGCCUUUGUGCUUCCUUGGUCAGGUUCUUCAUCCGAAGACAUCGCCGUUAUCGCAGACGGCUCUACGGUCUACAUCAGCUGGAACGGUGAUACCAGAGUGCACCAGUGGGUGAUUUAUGAAUCAGCAACUAACUCAGCCAUUGGCAGAGGUCUUAGAAAUGGAUUUGAGACUGCUGUCACCAUUUCAGGAAAAUUCACAACCAAAGACUUCUAUGUCGAGGGUUUGGAUAUCUCUGGUCGCGUGAUAUCCUCCACAGAGACCAAUCUAUAUUUGAGAAUUCAGUAG